AUGGACGACUGGGUAGAUCCGAAGGCGUUCCGGAAGCUGUGGAACAAGCUGAUCAAGAGCAGGUGGAAGGCUAGGCAACCUACGGUUCUCGAAGUGGACUACACGUUCGUCAAGCCUGGUGUGGUCGGCAAACUGCGCAAAUAUCAACGCAAUGCAGACAAUUUCAUCGGUCCCAAGGAGUUGUGGAAGUACGCUACACGUGAGGGAUUAGUUACAGACGCUCUGCAACAUGACGCGGCCCCGCCUCCAAAGAAGCCGCCGAUGGGAAAGCUUGCUGCAUACGCAGCAGCAAAACAACGUGCCAAAAACCUUCAACCGAUGCCUGGCGUCAACAAGGGGCUACGGUGA